AUGCCAGUAAAAAAGUACGUGAGCAAUCUUGUGAAGCUCAAAAGUGUAGCACGUGCUCAUCGUUGGUCGUUUUUCUUCUACCCUAUGAGCAGCCGACCGCGCCGUGAUUAUCGUUCAAGCAAUGGCGGAGGUCCGGACAUGCGCGACAUGCGUGGCAUGCAAGGCAUGGGUGGCGGUAUGCAACGUGGCCCCAUGCGUGGUCCAGCCAGCUUCUCAGGCAUGGCCUUUUCCGAGUCCGAGCUGAUGACCGAUUUACCCAAGAAGAAGUUCACCGGUCGUUGUCGACUUUUUCUUGGCAACCUCCCCAAUGAAGUGAAGGAAGCAGAGCUCAAAGAGCUGUUCGCACCACAUGGCGAUAUUUCGGAGUGCUAUCUCAGCGGGAAAGGAUUCGCUUUUUUAAGAAUGGACACCCGUGCUCAUGCUGAAAGUGCCAAGGAGGCGAUCGACGGUCGUGUCAUGCACGGACGUCAGGUUCGCGUACGCUUCGCCGUUCAUGGCGCUGCCCUGCGUGUAAAAGAGCUCUCACCGACCGUAUCAAAUGAGAUGUUGUACCAUGCAUUCUCUCAUUUUGGUGACGUUGAGCGUGCCGUACACAUUGUCGACGAGAAGGGUCGCCCAACCGGCGAGGGCAUUGUCGAGUUUGAACGCAAACCGUCAUGCAACGACGCCAUUGCCGCCAUAAAGGAAAAAGUCUUCUUGUUGACAGCGUAA